AUGGUUAAACCAAUCGUAGCACCCAGUAUCUUAGCAUCAGAUUUUGCAAACCUAGAAUGUGGAUGCCACAGGGUAAUUAAUGCAGGUGCUGAAUGGCUGCAUAUUGAUGUCAUGGACGGUCAUUUCGUCCCUAAUAUUACACUUGGACCACCUGUAGUGAAAUCACUACGUGCAUGCGUAGCUAGGCCAAAUGAUACAUCAAGCUCUAAACCUAAGGCAUUUUUCGAUUGCCAUAUGAUGGUUGAAAAUCCAGAGAAAUGGAUUGAUGUUUUUAUAGAAAAUGGUGCAGACCAGUUUACUUUCCAUUAUGAGACUACUAAGGACCCAAUUGGACUUGCGAAGGCAAUCAAGUCAAAAGGUAUUCGGGCAGCGUGCGCUAUCAAGCCUGCGACACCUGUUGAUGUCCUUUUUGACAUCGCACCUCAUUUGGAUAUGGCAUUAAUUAUGACUGUGGAACCAGGUUUUGGCGGACAAAAAUUUAUGCAUGAGAUGAUGCCAAAAGUUCAACAGUUAAGAGAACGUUUCCCAGACUUGGAUAUCCAAGUUGACGGUGGAUUGGGGAAGGAAACAAUCCCUCAUGCUGCUAAGGCAGGAGCUAACGUUAUUGUCGCAGGGACAAGCGUAUUCACAGCAGAGGACCCUGUUGAUGUUAUAUCAUUCUUGAAGGAUACUGUUAGUCAAGAACUAUCAUCCCAAGGUUAUUUGAAUUAA